GCUCGCCAUCGCAAAGUCAUCUACGACACUAUGCUCGGCCCCCUCCUUACGCGCGCUUCCGCGCUGGCGCGCACGGCACUCGGCGCCGACCUCCGCCAGGAGCUGUUCGCGGGUCCUUCUGGUCUCCAGACGCAGAUCCGUACGGCCACGAAGCGCGGCGGUGGUUCGUCGCGUAACGGUCGUGACUCGAGCGGCAAGCGGUUGGGUGUCAAGAAGUUUACGAACGAGUACGUCCUCCCCGGCCAGAUCCUCGUCCGCCAGCGCGGACAGGGCAUCAGGCCCGGCCAGCACGUGGGCAUCGGCAAGGACCACACCCUGUACGCCCUCGAGCCGGGGUACAUCAAGUUCUACACGUCGAGUCUGCCGUACCCGCACCGCGCGGCGGAUCCGGUCGCGCAGGCGGCCAAGGACGCGGCGCGCCCCAAGGUCAACAAGCCGCGCGGCGUCAAGCAGUUCAUCGGGAUCGUGCGCGCCAAGGAGGAGGCGCUGCCGCGCGACGAGCGGGCGUUGGGCCGCGACAGGCGGUUCUGGGGGUGGCCGAAGGAGGUGAAGGGCGAGGCGGAGCCCAUGCUCUAGCCUGUAUAUACAACUCAUGCACUACACUGGAU